AGGAGCAGACGGCACAGACGAGCGGGAUGAGCCGGACCCCCCUGUCCUCAGCACCCCGGGGCUGCAGCAUGAGGCUGGGGGGUACCCCACGCCUCCUCCGUGCGCUCUGCAUCCUCUCAGUGCUGGCCGGGCUUCUGCCCCAUGGCACGGCCCAGUGGUUCUACCCACUGGGCUCUGAAGACACCACUCCAGAGCCCGGCACCAGCCCCGCAACCCCCACGCUGCCCACCCCGGAUGGGGAGGAAGGUGCUGCUGACACGGAGCCCAUGAAGAAGCUGCCGCUGAGCAAACCCCCGUUGGGAACGGCCUCGAGGAGACGGGAGCCCUCUGCCAGGACCAAGGGCCAGGGCCAUGCCCCGCUGCGCACACAAGCCCAGCACAACCACCCCACGGCCUCCCCGCAGAUCUUCGAGGGCAGCGCAGACGAAGAGGAGUUCUUGCAGAUCAAGACCACGCCAAAGGGGCUGCCCCAGCGUGUGCCCACGGCCCCCAGGCCGGAUGUGGCCCUGCAGAUGCACAAUGGCUCCAACUGCAUCUGCCCUGCACGUCCCGCCCCUCCUGGCCCCAAGGGAGAGAAAGGUGACCGCGGGUUCCCCGGGGAGCGGGGCCAGCCGGGGCUGUCUGGGGAGAGAGGGAGGACGGGCAGCCCGGGGCCACCGGGUCACCAGGGGCCUCGGGGCCCCCCCGGACCACCAGGACCUCCAGGGCCACCAGGAUCACCGGGUGCUGGGGGAGCCAGGAGUCCACCCGCACCUGCAGCACUCCCCAAGGAAUCAGAGAGAGAGCUGGGAGCAGCCAGCCCCACCGGGAAGCCAGGACCCCCCGGCGCCCCAGGGCUGCCUGGCCCCCCUGGCCCCCCUGGCCCCCCAGGUUACCCAGGCCAUGAAGGCUCUCCAGGGCUCCCUGGGAGGGAGGGGAAGCCUGGGCCCCCCGGCCCACCAGGGGCCGUGGGACCACCUGGGUUCCCAGGGAGUGAAGGAGCUCCGGGAUCCCCAGGCUUGGCUGGGUCUGAUGGCCCCCCGGGAGCACCGGGACUCCCAGGCACACAGGGACCCCCCGGGGCACCCGGGCACGAAGGGCCCCCUGGCCCCCCAGGACCUGUGUCAUUCCCUGGCAAACCAGGGCUCCGAGGGGAGCCGGGAUUCCCAGGAUCAAAGGGUGAGAAGGGUGAGCAAGGGCUGCCGGGCAUGCCGGGGAGCCCUGGCCGCACCGGGGAGAUGGGAGCCCCAGGGAUGCCCGGUCCUAUGGGACCACCAGGGCCACCGGGGGACAACAGGUGUGAAAUGCGCCAUGCUGGGCACCAUGGAGCGGCCGGCCCACCAGGUCCCAAGGGUGAAAAGGGCGAUCCAGGAGAGCGGGGGUGCUGCUAUGGGGAGCCGGGCUGCAAACCGGGCCACCUCCCGUUCCCCAGCCCUGGCAGUCAGCCCAGCGCCUGGUACCAACAGGGUCCCCGAGGUCCCCCCGGCCCCCCUGGUCCCCCUGGUCCCCCCGGAGCACCAGGACUCCUCUACUUCAAUCGGGUGUACCCCACGCGAGGACAGCAGCCCUGCAAGCAGCCGGCAGCGGCCAGCGCAGGCUGGGCAGUGGCUUCUCCAGAUGCUGAUGUUCCCCACUCGGAGCCGCUGGAGCCCAGCGCUGACUUCCGGCGCCAGACGUGGGUGUUCAGGUCGAAGGAGCUGAUGCUGAAGUCCAGCAGCGCCGUCCCCGAGGGCAGCCUGGUCUACGUGCGGGAGGGGAACAACGCCUUCGUGCGCACCCCCCGGGGCUGGAGCAGGCUGCUGCUGGAGGACUCAGAGUCGCUCUUUGCGGGUGAUGACCCCUCCGCCUCCACGCCGCAGUACCAGGAGGCAAAGCAGGCACAGACACGAGGUCCCAACACAGAGCCAUCCUCGGGGGCCCGGACAGACUCACCGGUCCUGGAGGAGGACGGAGCUGGGCUGCCCAGCACCCUGCCGACCACCGCCGCCCCCAGGAUGCCCUCUCUCCGUCUGGCGGCCCUUAACGCGCCCCUCUCCGGGGAUAUGAGCGGCAUCCGCGGCGCCGACCUGCAGUGCUACCGGCAGUCGCAGGAGGCCCGGCUCUACGGCACUUUCCGGGCGUUCCUGUCGGCCCCCAGCCAGGACCUGGCCUCCAUCGUCAAGAGGACGGACAGGACCCUCCCCAUCGUCAACCUGAAGGGCCAGCUGCUGGCUCGCUCCUGGAGCGCCCUCCUGCAGAGCCAGGCGGGAGCGGCCCCCCGGAGCCCCAUCUACGCCUUCAAUGGGCGCAACGUGCUGACGGACGCCCUCUGGCCCCGCGGGAUGGCCUGGCACGGAUCCACGCCGCGGGGCGGCCACGCCAAGCGCCGGGACUGCCAGGGCUGGCGGAGCUCCGGCCCCGGGGAGGGCCUGGCGGCCCCGCUGGCUCAGGGCCGGCUGCUGGCCGGGCAGCGCCGCAACUGCUCCGAGGCGCUCGUGCUGCUCUGCGUGGAGGUCGCCUUCCCGUACCGCCACAUGUGGUGACGGCCGCGCGGUGCCGCCGAGCCCCGGCGGGGGGGCGGGGGGGGCGCUGCGGCGGGGAGCACCGGGAGGACGGCGCCCCAUCCCCUGCGCAGCCCCCCCCCCUCCCCGCACCUCCAGCCGAUGUUCGCAUCGCCCUCAAAAAAAAUAAAAGAUGAGAAAAAGUUGGA